GGACGUAUUUUGGCAGCGCCACACCACCAACAUGGACGCAGUCCCCCAACGUGUUUUGGAAUAUUUGACAGAAGUUGAAGAGGCAGCUGAGGAUGUUCUCACCACUAAACAUCAAAUCGUGGACCUGGACACAAAGAGAAACAGGAACAGAGAAGCUCUGAAUGCCUUGAAACAUGACAUGUCAGACUCAGACAAAGUGAAAGUUUGCUUUGGGAACAUGUUCAUCAAAUUUCCCACAUCCAAGACAAUAGAGAUGAUUCAGAAAGACCAGGAGCAGCUGGAUCAGGAGAUAAAUGACCUUCACAAAGCGCUGAAAGCAAAAGUUAAUCGUCUCAAUGAGUUGCAAGGAAAACCUGAGCUGAGAGGCUACCAUCUUUCUCCACUCUCAAGUGGUGAAAUUAAAGCUAUCAAUGGCAUUUUGAAGAGGUGAUCUGCAAACAACUUCCCACUUCGAAGACAGCAGUUACAGCCACUUCGUCCAAUCCACCCAAAAAUAUAUCAAAUGGAUUGAUAUGUAAAGGAAAGAAAGAACUGACAGAUGUCAAGCAGCUUUAAAAAACAAACAUGAACACAGCUGUGUACAGAGCAUUACUGAUGUUAUGUUGGAGGCAUCGUAUGGAUGCUGAGCUCCAAAUGUUGGACACACCUCGUCAGUGCUGGUCAUCUUCUCACCAAGUUUACUUUUACAUUUUGUAUUUUAAAGCUGUAAAAAAUAAAAAAAAAAUUCUGUAAGAUAUAAAAAAUAAAAUGUCUGUUGGCAAAACUCAAUCCAUCAUUAACAGAAGUGAUAAUAUGGCUGGUAGCAGGGCUGCUGCUAGCCAUGGGUGCUCAGAAGAUUUCCAUUUUCACCAGUGCAGUUGUCUUUAUUUCCAAAGUAAAUUCUCACUAUUAACCAUCGGGUGUCAUUUUAAUUUACUACCCUCUUAAGACUUUACAGUUUUACUUCCAUAAAAUUUAAAACAGAAAAAAAGAGGGUUGAUUUGAAGUGAUAAAGCAUGGAAAAGAGAAGAAAAGAACAUGGUGGUCCACCAACUCCUGCUGAAGGAGUCCAAUACAUGAGAGAAGCGAGUGCUUGAAAUGUCAUUGAUGGACGUCUGUGCUACUUUUUAAUAUGUACAGAAUGU